AUGUGUGGCCAGUAUUUAAAGAAAUUUAACGAUUUCAUAGGAACUUAUGAGAAUCUUUAUCACAUAAAAGCAGAUCAAUCUGUUGAAGAAAUUUCCAACCUUGUAGAAACUGUUUUAAUCUGCAAGUACAAAGUACCAAUCCACUUGUUAUUCAUGAGUAUAUUCAACGCGAUUAAGUACAAUUAUCGAUCAAUUGUUACAUAUGUCAAUAUUCUUAACAUCAUAUUGAACAAACAUUCAUUCAAAUAUAAAGAUUUAUUACGAUAUAAAACAUUAUAUGAACAAGGUGAUUUACUUUCUGAUGAAAUACAUGAGCAUUUGCAUGCAUCAGAAAAGCUAGAUACAAUUAAUCAAAUUGAAUUUGAUACAAAUACAUUUCCGAAAGAAGGCGAAAUUCAAUAUGUUUUAAUGAAUGAUCAAGUUGACAAGUUCAGAGAAUAUGUUACACAACAUCCAUUGGAAAGUAUUUCAAUAAGAAUCCCUUGUUUUGUAAGGAUGGAUCCUAUUGAAGCAUGUUGUUAUUUUGGAUCUGUCAACAUUUUCUUUUUCAUCAUUUCAAAUUAUGAAAUCAAAAUAUCCGAUCAAUGUUAUCAAUAUUCAUUCAUUGGAGGAAAUAUUGACAUCAUUAAUGAAAUCAAGAAAAACAACAAAAUCGACGAAAAAUGUUUUAACAAUAUUGUCGCAUCCCACAAUAAUCAAUGUCUCGAUUAUGUAUUCGAAAGAGAUCUUUUUGAUCCAGAGUUUAUUAAUGGUGAUUUAAUUAUCAAAUCACAAAACUUGAAAAUCGUUUUCAUGUUGCUCGAAAAACACAAAGAUUUAAUUAUUCCAUGGUGUGCAGCAUUCCCACAGACCAUCGAUGUUCUGAUGAAUGAGAAUAUUGAUAUUUCUAAAAUAUCAUUAGCAGGAUGCACAGCUAUUCAUUAUUCAGCAGUCGGAAAUUGUAAAGAAAUUGCAGAAUUUCUUAUUUCACAUGGUGUUGAUAUCAACUGGAAGCAGAAACAUGGAUACACAGCUCUUCAUUUAGCAGUCAACAUCAAUAGUGAAGAAGUAGUUGAACUCCUUUUAUCGCAUGGAGCUAAUGUCAAUGCAAAAAAUAAAAAAGAAGAAACACCCCUUCAUUAUGCGACAAAAAAUAAUUGUAAAGGAAUGGCAGAACUCCUAAUAUCAUAUGGUGCUGAUGUCAAUGCAAAAGAUAAUUAUGAAUAUACACCUAUCUAUUGGUCAAUCAUUAAAAUCAAUAAAGAAAUUACCGAACUUCUCAUAUCACAUGGUGCAGAUAAAAAUAUUAAGUGUCUUAGAAUGAAAAGUAUGCUUCAUUUCGUUGCAGAUGUAGACAACAAAGAAAUUGAAGAAUGGAUUAGAUCUCAUUGGACAAAUAUCAAUACAAAAGGUGAUGUUAAUUUAGAAGCUCUUAAACUUGAAGCAAUGGAAAAUAUUAAAGACAUUACAAAACUCCUCAUAUUGCAUGGAGUAGAUAUCAAUUCAAAAAAUAAAUAUGGAAAUACUCCUCUUCAUUUGGCAGCAAUUAGAAAUCUUAAAAAUAUCAUCGAACUUCUUAUAUCAUAUGAUGCUGACGUUAAUGCAAAGAAUGAGAAUGAAGAAACUCCUCUUCAAUAUGCAACAGAAUAUAAUUGUAAAGAAAUAGUAGAGAUUCUUCUAUCCAAUGGUGCCGAUGUCAACGCAAAAAAUAAAUAUGGUAGAAUACCUCUUCAUUAUAUAAAAAAUAACGAUACUAAAGAAGUUACAGAGAUUCUUCUUUCUCAUGGUGCAGAUGUCAAUGCAAAAGAUAAUAACGGUGAUACAUCUCUUUUAAUUGCUGCAUAUGCAUCAUGUGAAGAAAUUACAAAUAUUCUUAUUUCACAUGGAGCAGAUGUUAAUUCCAAAAAUUAUGAAGGCAUGACCGCAUUGCAUGCUGCAGCAAGAAAUGAUAAAACGGAAAUUUCGAAAAUUCUUAUAUCACAUGGUGCAGAUAUCAAUUCAAAAAAUGAUGAAGGUAUGACUGCAUUGCAUACUGCAGCAAGAAAUGAUAAAACGGAAAUUUCGAAAAUUCUUAUAUCACAUGGUGCAGAUAUCAAUUCAAAAAAUGAUGAAGGUAUGACUGCAUUGCAUACUGCAGCAAGAAAUGAUAAAACGGAAAUUUCGAAAAUUCUUAUAUCACAUGGUGCAGAUAUCAAUUCAAAAAAUGAUGAAGGUAUGACUGCAUUGCAUACUGCAGCAAGAAAUGAUAAAACGGAAAUUUCGAAAAUUCUUAUAUCACAUGGUGCAGAUAUCAAUUCAAAAAAUGAUGAAGGUAUGACUGCAUUGCAUACUGCAGCAAGAAAUGAUAAAACGGAAAUUUCGAAAAUUCUUAUAUCACAUGGUGCAGAUAUCAAUUCAAAAAAUGAUGAAGGUAUGACUGCAUUGCAUACUGCAGCAAGAAAUGAUAAAACGGAAAUUUCGAAAAUUCUUAUAUCACAUGGUGCAGAUAUCAAUUCAAAAAAUGAUGAAGGUAUGACUGCAUUGCAUACUGCAGCAAGAAAUGAUAAAACGGAAAUUUCGAAAAUUCUUAUAUCACAUGGUGCAGAUAUCAAUUCAAAAAAUGAUGAAGGUAUGACUGCAUUGCAUACUGCAGCAAGAAAUGAUAAAACGGAAAUUUCGAAAAUUCUUAUAUCACAUGGUGCAGAUGUUGAUGCAAAGGAAAGUGAAGGAAAUACCCCUCUUCAUUUUGCAACCAAAAAUUAUGGUUGGUCAGUAAUGAAACUUCUUUUAUCACAUGGUGCUGAUAUCAAUUCUCAGAAUAAAGAUGGAAAAACUCCUCUUCAUUAUGCAGUUGAAAGUAAAAAUAAAAAACAAGUCAGCUUUCUAAUAUCACAUGGUGCAAAUAUCAAUGCAAAAGAUAUAAACGGAGAAACACCUCUAAAUUUAGCAAUCGAAAUUAGUCAACAACUGAGUAUUCGUUAUUUUCAAUCAGUAGAAGAAUACGAGGAAGCGAAACUUAUAAAAGGGAGAAAUAAUAUACCUCUAGGAUUUGAAGAAAAGAAAAUUUAUAAAAUAAUAGAACUUCUCAAAUCAUAA